AUGGAGUACCAGAACAAGGAGGUGGAUGCUCUGGUCCAGAAGAUCACCGGACUUCACGCCGCCAUCUCCAAGCUGCCGUCGCUGAGCCCGUGCCCCGACGUGGACGCGCUCUUCACCGACCUGGUCACCGCGUGCGUCCCAGCGAGCCCCGUGGACGUCACCAAGCUCGGCCCGGAGGCGCAGCAGAUGCGGGAGGGCCUCAUCCGUCUUUGCUCCGAGGCCGAGGGGAAGCUGGAAGCUCACUACUCCGACAUGCUCGCCGCCUUCGACAACCCGCUGGACCACCUCGGCAUGUUCCCCUACUACAGCAACUACAUCAACCUGAGCAAGCUGGAGUACGAGCUCCUGGUGCGCUACGUGCCGGGCGGCAUCGCGCCGGCCCGCGUCGCCUUCAUCGGGUCCGGCCCGCUGCCGUUCAGCUCCUUCGUCCUCGCCGCGCACCACCUGCCCGACACGGUGUUCGACAACUACGACCUGUGCGGAGCCGCCAACGAGCGCGCCAGCAAGCUGUUCCGCGCGGACACUGACGUGGGCGCGCGCAUGUUGUUCCACACGGCGGAUGUCGCCGACCUAGCCGGCGAGCUCGGCGCGUACGACGUCGUCUUCCUGGCCGCGCUCGUGGGCAUGGCAGCCGAGGAGAAGGCGAAGGUGAUCGCCCACCUCGGCGCGCACAUGGCGGACGGGGCGGCCCUCGUGGUGCGCAGCGCGCACGGGGCGCGCGGGUUCCUGUACCCGAUCGUCGACCCCGAGGACAUCGGGCGAGGCGGGUUUGAGGUGCUGGCCGUGUGCCACCCUGAUGACGACGUGGUGAACUCCGUCAUCAUCGCACGCAAGUCCAACGACGACGUGCAAGCCGAUGGCCUCCAGCACGGGCGUGGACAGCACGGGCGCCGUGCGGUGCCGGUGGUCAGCCCGCCGUGCAGGUUCGGUGAGAUGGUGGCGGACGUGAGCCACAAGAGGGAGGAAUUCGCCAAAGCAGAAGUGGCCUUCUGAUCGAUGCGACGGAAGCAAUAAGCCAAUAAGGACGUGCCGUGCAUGCUCUCCCUGCUUGGUCGUGUGCAUCCAAAU